AUGGGCGGGUAUCGAGGCCAGCCUCGCAGCGAGGCCGAUGCUGACGAGAAAGCGACGACGCCCACUACGCCGCGCAAGAACGAAUCGCCGAUGACGCCGCGAAAGAGCGAAGACGGCGAGAAGAAGGCAGUGUCGUCAAACAGCGGCAGCAGCACGCCCACUAAGGAGGACCUCUCGCUCAAGGGCAAGCUGCCCGCCACGGCCGCCUCCGUGGCAUCUCCGCGGGGCGUGCCGCCGUCGCCAUCGGCCGCGUCGCACUCGCCGUGGUCGCCCCGCGCCGGCACCCUCGACAUCUCCCGCUACCGCGAGAGCGCCGACAUCCUCCUGCUCCGGUUGGCCAACGCCUUCUUCGACCUGGUCAAGAAGACGCAACAGACCCUUCCCGCCCUGGAGCGCACCAACGCCUUCACAGGCGAAGAGAUCCAGAACAAGCUGCAGGAGUGGCUGGAGUGCGACAAGGACACGGCGUUUCUCUACGCGUCGUCCCUGCUGCAGCAGGGCUUCCUCUUCCACGCCUCGCUGGGCGUGUUCAUCGAGACGUCGAUUGUAUGCUACAACAUCAAGGAUCCGGUGCUCAUCCACUACGCGCGUUGCAUGCGACGCGGCCUGGGCAAGGAGUGCCUCCACCUCAAGAAGGGCGCCAGCUCCAAGAAGAACAAAUGCGAGGGCUGCUUCUCGGGCACGGAGGCCGUCGAUUGGAUGCUCCUUAACUUCCCGCACCUCGUCAAGAAGCUCCGCGUGGAGUCGGUCGGCAACGCCAUCGCCGUGAGCGAGGCCCUCCUCGAACAGGGCAUCAUCGAGAGCGUGAAACAGAAGGCCGACUCGAAGAAGGUCAAGCCCUUCUGCCACGACGACAAGCACUUCUUCCGGUUCAAGGGCCGCCUCUUCAAGACCAGGCCCGUCGAUGGCAAGGCGCUGGUGCUUAAUCCGCUGCCGGCGCAGCUCGAAUUCAUCGCGUGCGAGUCCCUUCUAGACGGCAUCAAGCCCACCUCUCAAUACAUCACCUCCUCCUCCUCCAACUCCUCCGAACUGCCUACCACCCCAGACAGCCGGAAGCGAGUGGGCUUCGAGUCUGCCGAGUAG